AUGUCUUCCUUCCAAGCCGUUAACGUUAUCUGGAACGCUCCUGCCGGCCCAGAUGGAACCAACAACAUGUGGGUUUUGGAGCACUGCCAAACUCUCUUCGAGGAAUGCCGCAUUCAGAAUCUCAGCGACAAUCUCCCUGAUCCGACUAAGCAAACCACGAACGCCAUCAAGAUGCCGCAGAAAUCACAGCACGCGCAUCCCGAAGACCUCAAGCCACUCGAAGGGUUCACAGACCCGGCUACUGAAGACCCUAUUACUCCGCUGAGACCUCCCAACUGUCCUGGUCCGUCUGAUCAGGGCGACGGACCUGCUCCCAUGUGGAUUCCGAGUAACAACGCGUCUGCCAUAAGCAUGAUGUAUAAUCGCUGGGGCAAGGGCUUUUCGCAAGAUGGUUCUUGGGGAAGUGGACAAACAACGAGUCAAAAACCUACCUCCCUGUCUUGGAUGGCCUCUGACGAUGUCCAAAGUCUUGCGGCAUUUGCUGCUCGAGAUGCCAAGGUCAAUUGCUUUGUUGCCGACAGCCCUCCUUGGAGCCGCGACACCCCUACUGUGACGGCCAGACCUGAUCAGAAGGACCGGAUUCGAAAGGCGGACUGCCUGGCGUUCGUUACCCAUCACAUCAAUCAUUUCACUGCCCUCUUCGUUAACCAAGUUACUGGACGAUCUUUCUGGUAUGACAGUAUGUGGAGAGACGGAGAUGCAACCCUUCGGUACGCUAUUGAUAUGGACCGUCUCUGCAAGUUCUAUCAGAGCGUCAAUGCUGCCCCCAACCUGAUCAAGGUGAUCCGCAUGAAAGCAGGCAUUGUGAUCGGCCCUCAACAGCCUGACGAGUGGACUUGCGGAAUGCAUGCAGCGGAAUUCAUCAGAUGCUGCAUCCGAGACAACGUUACCAACAUCGCAAAGAGUCCGACUUGGACGAAGGUUUGGAACGAUAGCAGAGGCAACGUCAUUGACCACGUUAACCAUUUCUGGCGUCAAUGGGUUACUGAAGAGUUCAGUAAACCAGGAAACUACGGCAGAAAGGACCUUCGCAAUAAGCCGAGGCUUGUACUGGACAGUUAUGACAAGAGACUUCGACAAGAAGCAUCCAGCAAGCCUGAUCAGACUAAGGAGGACACACCGGAAUUCUCUAACACCUUUCCUGGGACUUUUAAGCCCAUCAAAAAGACGCCUUCUUCAGCACCUCAAGACGACGAUCUCACCAGUCUCUUUGGUUCGAUGCGCCCCCCUCAGAUACUGGUGCGCCACAGGACCAGCCAGGCUUCUCUACCACGCCAGCCCCAGAAGGUAACGUGGUGA